CUCCUCCUCCAUGGGAAGCUUCGUUGUUGCCUGAACCUCUGGCCUCAGGAGACCUGCAGUGGAUGGGGAGGGCAGGGCAGGGUCCCUCUCUACCUGACAGGCAGAUAAACACGGUUGUUCUUCUUUUGGAACCCGUGUCGAGUCCAUUCACACGUGCCUUCCCUGCCAGACGCGUGUCAGCCACCCUGAGGGGGCACAGGUAACUUCUGUGGACUCAACAAGAGGCUGCACUGUCUGUUUAUAAGCCAAAAUGCUUGGCAGAAGACCCAGGAAAAGCCCUCAGGUGAAGGGUCAGGCAGCAGCUGCUGCAAAACAGCUUGGACUUUUUGUAGAAUUUAAUCCUGAAGAGGUUAUGCUAGAUCUUGAGGAUGAUGAGAGCCUAGAAGCUGAAUUGGCUGCUAUCACUGGAGAAAACUUGCCUUCUGGGAAGUCAAAACCUAAAAGAAAAGACCCACUUCCAAUGGAUCAUAUUGAAAAAAUGGCUGCUGAGUGCAUGAAGGACCUGAACGAAGAUGAUGAUGAAGGUCUGGAGGAAGAUACCGAACUUUUGGCAGAGUUGCAGGAGGUUCUAGGAGAGGAAGAUGGAGGAGGUAGCAGUGAGCAUGAGACAGAAACAAUGGAAGUGUCUCCUGUAACCAAAGAAGAGCAUACCGAUCUUCCAACACAGAUGACUCCUGGUAUUUCCAGUGAAGUGGAGCAAACAAUAGAAGAAAGGAUAGCUAACUAUAAGGUGGCAAUACUGAAUGCGAAGGAAGCUGGUGAGAGUGCCAAAGUGCGGCGAUAUGAACGGGGCCUCAAGGCAUUGGAAGCCAUGCUAAUUGCAGUGAAGAAAGGUAAACAAGUGAACACAGAAGAAAUGCCACCACCUGUAGCAUCUGGAAAGAAGUCAUUGGCAGCACUACAAGCCAUUGAUCAUAAUGACUUGCCUAAAAGUUUAGGAAAUGAAGAUGAAGUUACAGUAUGUGAACAGGAGGACAGGGAGGGCUCUGCAGCAGAUCAUGAAUUAAAGAACUCCUGUUAUCUGGAAAACUCUGAGAGUGCAACUAGUCUCCAAGGCCAGGAUACAGAUAUGGAUGUUCUGGGAAUAGAUGCCACUUCAGAAAACAAUUCCCCAAACCUUGGCACACGAGCACUGCUUGUCACUCGAGAGAAGGAAUAUAAAUUGGCAGCGCUGAAGGCUAAACAGAGAGGUGAUCUUGAGAAGGCAAAAGAAUAUAUGAGGACUGGGAAGAAAUUCACUAUGGUUUUGGAAGCACUUGAUAGUGGGCAACCAGUAGACUUGAAAGAUAUGCCUCCAGCCCCACAGGAACCUGAAAGUCUGGAAAAUAUGCAGCCUCCCUCAAUGCAAACUCCAUCUGUACCUAUGGAAACUUCACAACCUGUGACUUCAUCAGAUACUCCAAGUAAUGAUGCUUCAGGUUCCAUACAGCAGCCAAAAACAGUGCUAGAAGCUUUACAGCAGAGGCUGGAGAAAUACAAAGCAGCAGCAGCUCAAGCCAAAGCAAAUGGAGACAAUCGGAAAAGCAGGAUGCAUGAGAGGAUAGCAAAGCAAUAUCAGGAUGCCAUAAGAGCCCAUAAAGCAGGAAAGAAAGUGAAUUUUGCUGAAUUACCAGUUCCCCCUGGUUUCCCUCCAAUUCCUGGAAUGGUUCCCACAGAGGAUGGCAAUACAUUUGCUGCUGUCCUAGAAAAUGCUAGCAAGCUGGUUGAAUUGGAAGAAGAGGACCAAGACAAAGAUGAGGAUGACCAUGAGGGUGAGGCUUCAAUGCACACUCUGGCUGACAAGAAAACCACCCAGCUGCCUAAGAAACCAGUGCAAGUUGUUCAGCCACUGAUGGUGCCAUCUGCUGUCACCCAAGAAGAAACCUUUCCAGAGAAGGAUCAUUCUCUGUCCUCCCCUGAAACAGCACCAGAGAAAUCGGCAUCCAUUGAGCCCCUCUGUCCAGUUGCUAGGGAGCAUCUUGAAUUUCUGGAAGGUAGAAAGAAACAGUAUCUAAAGGCUGCAAUCCAAGCAAAGAAGCAAAAUGAUAUUGAACAAGCCAAGAUGUAUUUGAGAACAGCCAAGAGCUUGGACCCAAAGAUUGAGCUGGCAAAAAAUGGCAAAUUUGUCGACAUUUCCAAGCUGCCUUCGCCUCCCACUGAUGAUGAGGGUGACUUUAUCUUCAUCCAUCAUGAGGAUGUCAGACUUUCUCAGAAAGCAGAAGAGGUUUACAGUCAGCUCAUCAAGCUCCUGAGAGACCAGCAUGAGAAAUGUGUGCAAUAUUCCAAGCAGUUCAUGCAUCUUGGAAAUGUAGCGGAAACAUCCCGAUUUGAGAAGCUCGCUCAGAAUUGUAAAAGAGAUUUGGAUAUCUUGCAGCUUGCCCAGGCCCAGGGGCUGGAUCCCCCAAGCCAUCACUUUGAAGAGAGAACCUUUAAAAUUGUAAGGAUAUUUUCUGAGCUAAGUAGCACUGAAAUGCAUCUCAUAAUUGUCAGAGGAAUAAACCUACCAGCUCCACCAGGAAUAGCACCAAAUGAUUUGGAUGCAUUUGUGAAAUUUGAAUUUCACUACCCUAACACAGAGCAAGCGCAAAAAAGUAAAACACCAGUGAUUAAAAAUACCAACUGUCCAGAAUAUGACCAGUUGUUUAAGUUGAACAUUAACAGAAAUCACAGAGGUUUCCGAAGAGCAAUUCAGGCCAAAGGAAUUAAAUUUGAAAUUUUCCACAAAGGGUCCUUUUUCAGAAGUGACAAGCAAGUGGGGUCAGCACAUUUGAAACUGGACAAACUGGAGUCUGAAUGUGAAAUUAGACAAAUCAUUGAGGUUUUAGAUAGUCGGAAGCCUACUGGCGGGAAACUAGAAGUAAAAGUGAGACUCAGGGAGCCACUUAGUGGGCAAGAUCUUCAAACAGUUACAGAAAACUGGUUGGUCCUUGAACAUUAAUUCUAUCUAAGAUCCAGGAAUGCAAAAAGCUGCAGAAUGGACUUUAUAGACAUGAGAGGUUCUGCAAGCACCAAAGAUGUUCAAUGAAUGCACUACUGAACAUAACAUCUUUAUUUUCAUAACUAUCAUAUAGUAUGAGUUGGUAAGCUUUGUAAGUCUACUAUUAGGAAUUAAGGUACUGAUGCACAAAGAUGGACUGAUCGACCUUAAGCGUUCUUGAGACUAAUAUUAGUACUACAUGAAUGUGAUUUGUUAACUGACUGCUGACAUGCAAAGAGAGCAUGUUUGCAGAAGCUGACAAAAAGUGUUGUUUUAAUGAGUAGUGGUAUAUAAAAAUGUGCUGCAGAAGUAGAGGUUUAUUAUCAUGUAACUUUCAAAUAAGAAUGUGCAUUUCCUAGCUAUGGAAUAAAUUCUAUUCUUGCUUA